GAGGUGUAGAUCGUGUUGUUUGGUUACAGUGGGACAUAUCGCCAACUUGACAACGGACACUUGGAGGAAGGGGAACAAGAAGGCACUGUAAUAAAGGGAGAAAGAUACCGAGCCACCGGAUAACAGGAGGAGGCAUUGAACCGUUCAGCAACGCCUAUAUCCUCGCCAAUAUGGACAAGGCGGACCAGCUCCCCAAUGGGGAGACACAGCAGAGCUACAAGCUGGUCACGUUUGCGGAAGGGGAUCCGGAAAACCCGAAGAACUGGUCCAAAGCGUUCAAGUGGUACAUCACCAUGAUCGUCGCCGCUACGUGUUUCGUCGUCGCGUUCUGCUCUAGUGUCAUCACAUCGGACAUCGAAGGCGUUUCGCGGGAGUUCAAUGUCAGUCACGAGGCCGCGCUCGUGACCAUCACGGUCUUUGUUGUUGGGUUCGGUGUCGGGCCCAUGGUCUUCGCGCCGCUUUCUGAGGUCUAUGGGAGGCGCAUUAUCUAUGGCUCGACUCUGCUCCUUGCUGUCGUCUUCAUCAUUCCGUGCGCGGUCGCCAAGAACCUCGGCACUCUCAUCGUUUGCAGAGCCAUCGAUGGCAUCGCCUUCUCGGCGCCCAUGACUCUGGUGGGCGGCACGCUGGCGGAUCUCUGGCGCAACGAAGAGCGCGGCGUGCCGAUGGCCGCCUUCUCCGCCGCCCCUUUCAUCGGACCAGCAAUUGGUCCCCUCAUUGGCGGUUUCCUCUCGGACGCUGCCGGCUGGCGCUGGCUGUACUGGAUCCAGCUGAUCUUCGCCUUUGUCGUCUGGGUCCUGAUCACCUUCACCGUCCCGGAGACGUACGCGCCGACGAUCCUCGCCCGGCGCGCGGCAAAGCUGCGGAAGCAAACGGGCGACAACGGCCACGUCACCGAGGCCGAGCUCGACCCGCGGCCCUUCUCGGAGCGCAUCGGCGUCUUCCUGGUCCGGCCCUUCCAGCUGCUCUUCCGCGAGCUCAUCGUGUUCCUCAUCAGCCUGUAUAUGUCGGUGCUCUACGGCCUGCUGUACAUGUUCUUCGUCGCCUACCCCAUAAUCUUCCAGGCGCGCAAGGGCUACUCGGCCGGCACCACGGGCCUCAUGUUCAUCCCGCUCGCCGUCGGCGUCAUCCUGUCGGCCUGCUGCUCGCCCUUCGUCAACCGGCACUACCUGAGCCUCGUGGCCAAGCACAACGGCAAGCCGCCCGCCGAGACGCGCCUGAUCCCCAUGAUGUGCUCGUGCUGGUUCAUCCCCGUCGGCCUGUUCAUCUUCGCCUGGACCUCGUACCGCGACCUGAUCUGGGUCGGGCCCUGCCUCGCCGGCCUGCCCGUCGGCUUCGGCUUCAUCUUCCUCUACAACUCGGCCAACAACUACCUGGUCGACUCGUACCAGCACCAGGCCGCGUCGGCUCUCGCCGCCAAGACGUGCAUCCGCUCGUUCUGGGGCGCCGGCGUCGUGCUGUUCACCGAGCAGAUGUACGAUCGCAUGGGCGACCAGUGGGCGUCGACCUUCCUGGCGUUUCUGAGUCUCGCGUGCUGUGCGAUCCCGUUCGUGUUUUACCGGUAUGGACCCGCCAUCAGGCGGCGCAGCAAGUAUGCGUAUGGCGGGGACGAGUACACGACUGCGUCGGACUCGGAGCUCGAGAAGGGGGUCGCGAGGGAUCCGAAUGUGCCGCUCCAUGCCGAUAUGGAGGAUUUGGAACGGGCGAGGAGCUAUGUUGCCAAUCCGUAAAAGCGACGUUGGUGGGGGCCGUGUCGGGGUGGUGGGAGGAUGCUGUCGGUGGUGGGUGGUCUUUUACAACGUGUUGUCGGGCACGAGAGUUUAUCUUCAUAUUGGAGAGAGAGGUGGUCGUUCUCAAAAAAAGUUGGACGGAUGCGAUGUGUCGAUGUUGGAAAAGCAGGGCCAGAGGAACUUGUUCUUCUUGGCUUCUUGUUGAUGUUCUCCUUUGGUGCUUUGGGUCUGUGGACGGCGGCGGGUAUCGGCUGCAUUGCAUCGGAGCAUAUGGUUAGGUGGAUCUGUUUCAGUGUCAUGAUAGACGGAUACCAAAGUAAUACGGAUAGGACCUUAGACCUCUUCAACUCGUCCCCC